AUGGCGCGUGAGGCGGUGAUUCCACUCUCCCAGGGUUGCACUGUCUCAUCAGCAGUCAGAGAUACCACGCGGCUUGAGCCGACGCCACGAGAGUCCGUUGAUGCUUUGACUCAGGCUCAAUUCCCAGAGCCCGUCACAAAUUUCUGGAGACGUGAGGAUGAGAGCAAGCACCGAGAGGCAUGGACCCCCGAUGGAACCCAAAACUUCGUCGCCGCCAAAUGGACCGACCCACGUCCGUCCACUGAUCCCAAUGAAGCAACAACCUACAUCGCCCGCACCGAUGAAGACCUCAUCCCAGCUCUACACCUCAUCUCCGACUCCGUUGCCCAGCAGCGUCAAAUCGCAGCUCGAUCCCUCCUCCUACAUCCGGUAUGCUGGCUGCCCAUCAUCGGCAGCAUUCCAUAUCUCAUUGUCGAACGAGCCCACGAUUCCUCAGACUGGCUUGUCAUUCUCAUCACCAUUGCCUGCAUCAUGGCCGUCAUCAUGACAGUUGUCAAAAUUGUGGUACGCGGAUACCUCGACGAAGCCGAGAAGGUCGGACGCUGGAGCUGGCUCUACGGUCCCCGCUGGAUCAAAACGCGACUGGGCAAUCUGUGUCGAGCCGAGAAAGCCGGACCGUACCCACGAGAUGAAAGAGAUGAUUAUGUAUUCAUAACCCGUCUCGGCAAAGAGGUCAUUGGCGCUAUCGUGCUACGGAUAAUCGAUACCUGGGAGCGGGAUACAGAUCCGGGAUUUGAGCUUGGUCGAGAGGUGAAACGCAGACAUCCUAUGAGCUACUUGAUGAACACUUAUCAUCGAAAGAAGGUCUGCAUUCGGGCAUGGACUAUCAAGCGACAAUACCGUGGUCAGGGCAUCGGUCUUACACUUCUUCGAUUCGUCGUUCGCUGGGCUCUUGAUAACGAUCUUGAAUUCUUGUUCUUUGCUGAUGACCAUGCCCAUUCCCUGCGUGUGCUCCCAACGUUCUUGAAUAAGAAAAUGGAUAAACAGGAUGCUAGGGCCAAGGAGACUCUCUACUGGGAGGUGAAACAUUACUCGACGCCUUGGCACAUGGAGGAGCGGGAGGAGCGAAAGACGCUUUUCCGGAUUGAUGAAGUAAAGGCUCAGCUUGUUGGUGUCCAGAAUGAAGUUGCCUACCGGGGCAAGAGUCCCCCAAGGGAUGUAUCUGAGUGUCGGGGAAGACUGAGCUCUAGGUCGCCAUAG